GUUUGAGUGAAUGUGUGAUGUCUUGAGAUGAGUCGGUCGACCACUGCAUCGGUGGACCAAUUGGUGGACAGGGCUGUCAAGUGUGUGCAGUCCAUGCAAUACAGUGUCAGUUGCGGUCACUUCUUAGUGGCCUUCAAAGUAUCACUUAAUUGUCAAUCACGCGAAUCACACCAACAAUUGACAGACAAAUGGAGACCAACUUUCUUGUAUGCCUUCGACAGACAUAUGAAUCACUUGCAGACUGUGGUCAACGCAGACAACGACACUAUCAUUGAUGCCUUCAACGAAGCCAUAGAAGCGCUUCCAGACUGCGAAGACCUUCACUACAAUAAAGGCCUCUAUUUUUUCAAAAAAGGAUGUCUUUCAGAGGCUGUCGAGUGCUUUGUGUCAUCGCUGGCACUGAACCCGGACUAUAAUUUGUCUCAUUUGUGUCUCGAGAACAUCAAGUCUUCGGCUAUCGCUCGAUGGCAUUACAUAAUGAUCAACGAUAUCAAGAGAAACAGUGUCUUCAAGACAGCCAUUCAUAGGGCCAUUGAAAGCGGUUUUAAUACUGUUUUGGAUAUCGGCGCCGGUUCUGGACUCUUGAGUCUAUAUUCGGUGAAAUCUGGCGCUCAUAAGGUCUACGCGUGUGAAGUGUCGGAUAUGUUAUACCAUUUAUGUCGAGAUGUGUUGCAAACCAAUGGAGUGAUGGAUAAAGUGGUGCUCUUCAACGAAAUGUCCACUAAUUUACGUAUUCCUCAGAUGAUUGAAAAGCCAGUACAUCUGGUGGUGACCGAGAUAUUCGACGCGGCGUUGUUUGGCGAACACGUCUUAACCACUAUUUACUCAGCCCUUAAGAAUUUAGUUGAUCCCAACCACGGAAUGGUUGUCCCAAACAGAGCUACAGUUUAUGGGGUUCUUAUAGAGAGUAAUGAAUUGAGAGAUGUUUUUACUGUUAACCGAAGACAGUUCGGAGACAUUCGUGUUUCAGAUGACGUGUCCUUUUGUGUCGAUUUUAAUGAUAUGAAGUACACGACAACCAAUUUGUCCAAAGUUGCCGACAAAAAGUUUUUAAGCAAACCAUUUGAAAUAAUUGAUAUCAAUUUCAAUGAUAUUUUGCAAAUCGAAAAACUCUUAGAAAGGGAUCACAUGUUUGGCAUUGAUGUGAAUUGUGUGACUGAGGGAACACUUGAUGCGAUCGGAGUUUGGUUUGACUUAAAUCUAAUCCAAGACAUUCACAUAUCAACAGAACCUCCUUCUGAGCUAAUAGGAUGGGAACAGGCUAUAUAUCCGGCAACUGUCCGACCCGUCACUACUGAAAUUCUUCAAAACAUUGAUGUGAAGAAAAUUGAAUAUUCAGAACUGAGUGACUCUUUCGACUUAUUGGAAAUCAAUUUCAAUGAUUUAAGUCAAUCAAAGGAUGAGAUCGAUGUCGAGCCAAACAAUAAGUGUUGUGUGAAUGUUGUUCAAUGUGGACAAUUGGAUGCAAUACUCUAUUGGUAUGAAUUGCAUUUAACUCAACAAAUUGUCAUCAACUCAUUCAAUAUGAGUCCCAACUGGCAUUUGGCAGCUUUUAUAUCCAAAGAACCCAUUGCUGUCAAUCCCAAGAAUAUGAUUCAGUUCUCAGUGAUGUUCACUAAUGGUUUCUUACGGUUCAAGGAUUUGCGUUGCGAGCCAUUUAUUUAG